UUUUAUUACGAGUGAAAAGAGAGAGUCAUAUAUUCAUAGAGAGUCCCUAAAUCCGAGAUCGUGAUAUGUUCCGAUGCCUGCAAUCUGAACAAUAUUUAAUUCAUAUUCUCUACAAGUACAUCUCCCUCGGCAUAGCCUGUUCAGCCUCAAGACCCGACACCACCUUCGACAGGGAUCCUCCAUUUCGAUAAAGCACUCCCACUCCCACAUCAACCAAUUGGCUGCGUAACAUUCACAUCUCGAAAAAUCGUAGACCUUCCCCAACCUAUUUGGACGGAUCCAAGUAGCCAUGAAUUCACAAAUAUGCAAUCACUGCCGCAAGGCACUACACCAAUCUUUACGAGCUAUACGAGGAAAAGGGUACCAACGACGCCCACUAUCCUCAACCAACAACCCCCGCCAAAAAUCAAGCUCAAGUUCAGCUUCGCCCGAACCCGAGUCUCUAGAAACCCUCUUCUCAAAACCAACUUGGUCCGUCCGGUCUCUCCUCCCGGAGCCAUCUUCCCCAACUAGCACCGAUCCCUCAACUGAGGCCGAAAUAACCCCCCGCACCCUGCAACACCUCCUACGCCUCUCCGCCCUCCCUCCACCCUCCUCCCCCUCGGAAGAAGCCCUUAUGCUCUCAACCUUAACCUCGCAACUACACUUCGUACGCGCCAUACGCUCCGUGGACACAGCCGGUGUCGAGCCCUUGCGUGCGAUACGCGACGAAACCGCGCUCGGCCAACGUGAGCAGACCAUUGACUUAGAGCAACUAAAAGAUGCGCUCGCGAACGAGGAUGUAGUAGGCCACGCGCGACGCCCGCGCCGACGCCGGCAGCGGCAAGGAGGUAGUGAUAGUGCCGAUCCAGGGGUGGAAGGAUGGGACGUUUUAGCCGGAGCCAGCGAGACGGCAGGGCGGUAUUUCGUAGUCCGGACAGGAUCAACUGGCCCGGCACGGAUAGGCGUAGGGCAAGUAGAGAAGACGGAAGAGAAUUUAUAAUAAUAAUAGUAAGAUGAAAUGAGCAAUUACUACGCGAUGUGUAAGUACAGUCUUCUGGCCUGCCUAUCUGAGUAUGCUGUCCUAUUUCCGGUGUAUACACCUGGCCUAGCUGCCUACCUGCAUAACUGCC